UAAAGGGAAAGUAGAGAAAAUGUAAACAGAUUUAGGCAAGAUGACGACUAAAAAUUAUUUGAAUUCUUUUCUGUCUCCCACUGUAAAAGAAAUACUAUUGACGGAUCAUUUUUUUGAAGACAAAAACGAUGAAACCAAAGAGAUCUUGACGAAAGGUGAUACACUCAACUGGUGUUAUAUAGAAAAAAAGCUGAAUGAUUUAGAAAUCGACGGAUUGAGUUGUGGUAGUACAGAAUGGUACUGUAAAGCUACAGUAUAUCUAGCACCAGUAUUUAUAUAUUGUGAAAAGUUUUUACAACAAACAGUGGAUAAUUAUCACAAGAUAUAUUUGGAUUUAAUAGAAUGGACAGCACAUACACAAGUAUUAACACAGUGUUUAUCAUUAAUUGAAAGUGAUGAGGAUGGAGAUGAUCUGUUAUCUAUGCUGCUGCUUACAUCUGUAAUUGAGAGAAGCUUAGGUGAUGUAUUUUUAUUAAUGGGUGAACAAUGUCCAUCAAUGUUAAAGGAUUUAUUAAUAACAAAAGAGCUACACGAUAUACUAGGACCAACUAUUAUAAAUGUAUUGAAGAUUUUGAUUGGAUCUCCAAAAUCUCUGAAUAUAAGAAAUAUUGCAUGGCAUGGUUUUCUUUCUCCUGGAGAAUUGCCUAAAAGAUUUAUAUAUUUUCUGUUACUUUUGGUGCCUAGUAUUGGAGAGAGACUAAAAGAAAAAAACAUCACACCAUCCUCCAUACCACACAGAGAUCUGGUAACAUUCUCUACAGAACAACAUAUUCCUUUAACAGGACAACCUUUUGAAAUUGAGGCAAAUUUAGAAAAACUUUUACAGAAAAGUGUAUUUAUUCAGAAACAAAUGGUGCCAUAUUGGAAAUGUGCAUUUUCGUAUUACAAUAAACAAAAAUAUGGAUAUUGUGUUGUUUUAUUAUGGCCAUUGAUAGAACAUUCAUUGCGAUGUUUAUUUGCUGAAGUAAAUGGUUGUCCUCACAGAGUUUUAACUGCAGAGUCUACAGUAUUAUACACUACAUUUGAUGAGAUGUUAUGUAAGAUGGUAUCAGUUGAUCAAGAGAAUCAUCUUAUAAAGAAACUAGGACAGCCGUGUAUGGAUUUAUUGAUGGAUUUAUUGGUGUAUCCAACUGGACCAAGGUUACGAGAUAGACUGAGUCAUGGUGAAACAAAUAUAGACACAUUUCCUCGUCACUGGGCUGACAUGACAGUUUAUCUAUCUAUGUAUUGUAUAUUAUAUUUUAAAGACUCUAAAACUUCUACUGAUCUACGGGUAUUUCAAGACAAAAUGGAAGCCAUGAAGCUGUAUCAGUCCCAUUUUCAUCCUAUUUCAAUUCUAAAAUCAAAAGUGAACGAGUUAUGUAUACUGAAUGAUGGUAUGACAGAGUGGAUUUCUGUAGAUCCUAGUUUACAGUCAUGGACAGUGUGACCCCAGCAUCAACAUCAUGUUAUGUGUUUGUCUCUUUGGUAGGGUAUUUGAUCACAACAAUGGCCAGGUUUCAAUUUAAAGAUGCUAGUGUAAUUUGAGGGGAACAAAAACUAACCAUUAAACUAAAACAUGAAAGGAAAGGAACAGAGUUUAACAUCUCAUCAACAGAAUACAUACGGUUACCUUUUCUAUCGUCUUGUGUACAAAACUGGGGAGGAAAGCUGAUUUCAGUCAACUUUCCAUCAACAGAAAAGGAUAAAAUAAAUAGGGUUUCAUAACAUCAUUAAAUGAACUAAUUAUCAUCAAAUUGGAUAGCAUAUAAUUCACAGAUUGUAUUAUUAGAUCCCCUAUUGACUAUAAAUAUGGAAUUCAUAUUAAAAUGACCCUUGUAAUAAAAUCUGGCUCAGGCCCAUAAAACUCCCACCCACCCCCUCCAUUCUGCCAUUCUGCCCUUGAUUUCGCACAUUGUUUCAACUUAUUUAAGAUUGUCUUGUUUUACAGGAAUAUUAAAGCUGGUUGUGAUAAUUUUAUAAAUAAUAAUUUAAUCUACCACAAGAUUAAAUCAUUGAUUUUAGAGAUAGAUGAAAUAAUAAGAAAUAAAACUGUAAAUAAUACAGAUAUACAUAUAGACACUUGGUUUUGUGAACCGUUCACUGAUAAUGCUCACCUAUUAACAGAUCUACUACAAGUCAGAAUACCCACUUUAUUUAGAUUUAAUGAAUCUCAGCAAGUUAAUAAGGACUGUAAAUCUACAACACCCAAAUUAAUUAAAGAAUCAGAGCUGGUCAGCUUGUUAUCUCGAAUCACCAUGGAGAUGUCAGCAACCCUUAGUCAGUUAAAAUUAAAUGUUGUCUCUAGACAGGAUAAAUUACUAAAAAAAGAAUUACGAUCUAGGCAACGAGAAAAUAUGAAAAAACUAAUUUUAAGUUUACCCAUAUUUCAUGUAACAAGUCAUCUUGUAUGUAUAUUAUGUAUAUAUUACUUAUAUAAUCUACAUUUAUAUACACCCCAAUAUACCACCCAAUUACACAGAUUUUUAAAGAAAACUUUACAGUUCUGUGAGAACUUAAGAACUUAUACAAGUCAAGAUAAAAAUAAAUGGACUGAAGCCAUGGAAUUGAUUUUGAAACAUGUAACCAUUGUUAAUCAGUUUAUCGCAAGUUAAAUAUUUGAAAACACCUGUUACUAUCAUGUGUUUACAAUUAUUUAUUAAUUUUUUAAAUGUUAUUUAUUAAAAUAUUCUU